GAAAGUGCCAGGCCGACUGGUAAAACUGACAUAACAAGCGACAUUUUAUUAUCAUUCAUUUACGGGAGUUACUGCUGCGAAUCGCCAGGAAUGUCCGCCAUUUGGCUACAGAUUGGGCAAUGUGGCAAUCAAGUCGGACAGGAAUGGUGGAAGCUGGUUACCAAUGAAAAGGCUCCAAAUUCUACCUUGGACAGGUAUCAUGCAAUCAAAAUAAAGAGCAACGAUGGGUAUCCAUUCUACGCACCUGAUGGGAAGCUGAGUGCCUUGUGUGUGGACAGUGAGCCCAAAGUAGUGAGAAGUUUGCUCCGUGAAGUAAAGAGUGGGUCAUUCAGAGAUUCAAACAUUUCCCUUGGUCUGAGAGGAAGAGGCAACAACUGGGCUCUUGGGUAUCAUGGGCUGCAGAGAGAGGAUGACAAUAGUUUGCUCCAUCGCACUUUGGACAGCUUCCGGAAAGAGGUGGAGCGACGUGAUGCCUACAGUGGGGUCGUACUGUUACACAGUCUGACUGGUGGCACAGGAUCUGGAUUGGGUGCACACUUGUGUGAAUCAAUCCGGGAGGAGUUUCCAAUGGGUUACAUUCUCUCUGUGACGGUCGCUCCACACCAGGUGGGGGAAAGUCCACUCCAACAUUACAACUCCCUGCUCUGCCUUUCUUGGCUUCAGAGGUAUGCUGAUGGGGUACUCCUGUUUCACAAUGAUGAUGUGUUGCGCAGAAUGCAGGUCUUGAGUGGAAAGAAGAUCAACCAUGCCCCAGCUCUACAGCCGCAAAUUUCCUUGUCGGACAUGAACACACACAUUGCUUCCUGUCUGGCUGGAUUGAUGUACCCAGUAAGCAACCUCCGAACCCAAAGUGCUGUCAGUAUUGGUCUGGAGCCUUGGGAGCUGUUGAGAACUGUCUGUCCUGUGCCAACUACCAAGUUCCUAUAUACAAGCCAGGUGAACCGGAGGGGAACUGCAUCCUGGGAUAGUAUGCUGUCCUCCAUUGUGCGUACUCUUCCACGUCAUUCACCCACUGGGGAUGUUUAUCAGAGCACAGCAGUUCUAGCUGUGGCACGUGGAAACAGAGCUGAGACAUUUAAUUGCUCACUACAACCCGUCAUGAUGAAAAUGAAACAAGGAUAUGGAUGUGUUUCAUGGAACUCUCAUCCCUUGGACUCUUGGACAGAUCCUUGCAAUAUUGUUGACCUGAUGUCGUCCAGCCAUUCUCUGACCAUUUGUGCCAACCACAGCAGUGUGUCAGAUUAUAUUCAGCGUGUCCUAGAGAAGGCCCAGACUAUGUACGAUGCCCAUGCCUACCUCCAUUGGUACUGGAAACACGGUUGUGAAGAGGAAGACUUCAUGCAGGCCUUUGAGAUCCUGGACUCAGUGGUGAAGGAAUACAUUGCUGCAGGAGAUCAUUGACCAUCCAUCUCACAAACGUACAUGUGUUAUUGUUAAGUGUUGGUAAGAGGAGAAGUGAUGGCUUUCCUCCUCCAGGACUAUUUUCCAGCUCGGUCUCCUGGUUUGAAAUAUGGUUGGGCAGUCAGAGUCAGAUUUUCAUGUGAGCAAUGGAAAAAUGUCAUACUUGUUCAUUCUGAAAUUGUGGGUAAGGCAGUGUUUGGAAUGGGAGUUUUACUCUGUAUCCAACUAAGCUGUAUCUGACUAUGGUCUUCUGGGACUAUGUCGACUCUAUCUUCCCUGACCUUGGAACGCUGUAUGUUUUCAGCACAACAUUCAACUCAGACCUAUCUUUCAAUAUUGAACAUGCUAACUAAUUGCAGUUGCAUCAGUGGUUUUGUCUUAUGUGCAGAGGUCCCAGGUUUAUUGUUUGGUCUGUAGUGGUACUGAGAGUAUCCCACAGUGAUUGGGUACUUGUGGAAUGGGAAAUUCAAUUCACAAAUAGUACUCAUGCAUGUGAUCAUUGUCCAGAGAUCAGCUAACUCAAUAGAGGCUGCUGAAUGAAUCCUGAACCAUAUACAAAGAUUGAAUUACUGAAUACAGGCAGAAAGUUGCCUUUAAGUAUACACUAGCUAGUACAUUUAUUUACUUGGUAUCCAGGGCUGACUCCAUGUCUGAGAACUACAUGUGAGAACAAACCCAAUUUAAAACUAAACAUGCUUGCAGGUAGUAAAACACAAUAUGAGAUUUUGAUUGAUUUAUUUAACUUUGUACAAA